AUGCCCCUUCUGCAGCCUUCAUCAUCUCGUCACGAAGUCGAGGUACCCAAGCCAUUGCGUGUCAACAAGCCAUCAAUCUCUGUUUCCUCUUCUUCCUCUUCGCUAUCGCCACAGCAGCCUCGACCGGUAUUGAAACCAGAACCAGACCUACAGAAUAUUGAGCAUCCUGAGCCGUUUCGUAUCAAAAGGUCAACAAGCACUACCGCUCCCGUAUUUUCACCAUCACCAUGUCCUCGUACUAAAAAGUUCAUUCGGCCGCUCGCUACGAAUGAGCCAUCAAUCUCUACUCUGCUACCACUGAAAUCAGCUCCAUACCAACAUCGCCGUCUAGAGAUUUCCCCCUCACCACUACGACCUCGUCUCACUCCACCACCAAAAGAGAAGCCAUUCGACACUGUUCAUCGAAAGUUGGACGCGAAGACUUCUCACAUUCCAAACUUACUCAUCAGACGGACAAGGACGUAUCACAUAACCAACGGACCAGCAACAGCCGCCCUCCCUUCAGGAACCCAUGUCUUGAUAACGACCGGAAACACAACUCCCUCAACGUCAAAAUCAUCUACCUUCCUCUCUGUUCCUACCUCUCCCUUCCGAGACAAAGAGAGCCCGCUUCUUCAAAGCAAUUUCAACACUGGUGUCGACGCCGUCCUCCCGGCACCGCUAGCGCAGACCCUCCCCAAACACAAGGACAUUCUUCACAUCCCUCAGUCCAUAUCCCCAUCACCCACAAAACGACGCACAGAAGUCAAGAGGAGAUGGACAGGAACGCGGAAAGCCAUUUCCUCUUUACUUCCCCGGAAUCUCGAUCCAAGAUUGCACAAGGAUAUCGAGGUAAUAAACGAGAAGCUCAAAAUGACUGCACAGGCGGUGACCAAGUCAGGGGAUGAGUGGAGAAACUAUGCUACUUUCGUGCCGACUAGAAGUAAUUGUGGCGUAUCUCAAGGAACCAGGAAGGAAGCGUUGAAUGGUGCGUUGGAAGUCCACAGGUAUACUGAUAGGAGAAGUGGGGAGAGUGAGUCGGUACAAGUGAGAGACACUACUGUUCAACGGAUAGUUGAAAUCAGAGGGUUGACGCUGGAACACAUCAGGUCGCGUGGGCGGCUUCACAGAACGCCGUAG